ACGCGGGAGAACACCUGGAGGUAUGCUAGAGGAACAGCUGCUAUCGCAACACUUGCGUGUAUGGGUUGCCAAUUGGUUUCCAUACUGAUGCAUAUAAACCCAGACGUCCACCCACUACAACCGCACUUUACCAGCAAGUUGAAGUGUAUACGCAACGUGAUGGCUAAACGGUUCUCGUCAACCACGUUCGAUGGUCUGGUAAUCAACAUUAAUUAUUACUGUUCUCGCAACUCACCAGAUGAAAGCAUGAUACGAGAAAGUGUCGAUGCAGACGCACCGAGCAGGGAGACUGAAGGACGUGGUGCUGUUAAGCACAAGAAACGUAUCAUCACAGACUACAAAGCACCCCCUCCAAAGAUCGGUGAAACCGCGAGGCGGGAAAACGCUGACGCAGAAAUGCUGAGCAUGGCAGCUGAAGGUUGCGAGGAUGCUCCAUACAGGAAUCUCAUCUCCCCUCCAAAGAACGACUCCAAGGUACCCUCAGCCGAAAUCACCGUGGAUUUGACGCCUCCAUCCCCUGCGGAGGAGACAAAGGAUGACAAGCAGCCGUCAAAGGAAGAAAAAUCUGCCUUCAAUCCGUCGUUUACACCCAAGAUCUUACCUCCAUCUCUGUUGAAAAAGAAACGAGUUGCAUCCAUCUAAAUUGCGUGUGUUUGUAUGUUAUUACUAAGACGUGUUUUUCUUUUUUGCGUGGUUAAAUAAAAAUUAUAAAAUGAUUCUGGUUUAUUUCUGUAUCCCCGUUACUUGUUAA